GCUCUCUUUUUCCAUCUCCUUCCUCUUUCUGCUCCAGCUUUCCCUUAUCUCUCUCUCUCUCUCUCGUGAUGGCAGCGCAAUGAUACGUCGCGCAGGGGGCGGAGCCGCUUAGAACAUGGCAACAAUCGCGUAAGAGCAAAGUAAAAAUCCAUGCUUUCUCAAGGACCAAAAGCCCGGAAGACAAAAAGCUCAUCAUCCCUUCCGAAUCCAUCAUUGUAGCAUGCCACAAGAGCUAAUUAUAUAUAGAGCAGGUCGCCGGCCCAUCAGGGGAAUCUAUAUCAUUCCAACAAAUGGACAACACCGGCCUCCAUCACGCCCAUGAUCUCCCAAUCUAUCCACCGGAAGACCAAAUCGGAGCGGUCAUGACCAUGGCGACUGAUGCUUGCGCAGCAGAUUCCUCUGUUGCUUCUCCUUCCACCGCUAAUCUCCCAUGGCCACCGCUUCUAAACGCCCCGGAGCCGCCCUUCCUGAUUCGCGAUCACGUCCAAGAACGCAGCUUCUUGUUCCCCAAUUCGCUUCCGCCGCUCCCUCCGCCGCCGGCGUUCUACCACGACCUGUACAUGGGGCAGCCGGAGCAGCCGGACCCGCUAGUGGGGUUCAUGACCGCGGGGGCGGGAAUCAAUUACGCCGAUGCGUUGGUUCGCGGGCGCGGGAUGAUGUUGACCGCGUGCUCGCCUUCUUCUUCGACGUUCCCCUUCGGCAGCGGCCUCCACGCCGAGCUGGCCGCCGCCGGCGCGAGGAUGACGCACCAAGAAAUCAUGGACGCCAAGGCGCUGGCCGCCUCCAAAAGCCACAGCGAGGCCGAGCGCCGCCGCCGCGAGCGCAUCAACGCCCAUCUCGCGCGCCUGCGCAGCUUGCUCCCCAGCACCACAAAAACGGAUAAAGCGUCGUUGCUGGCGGAGGUAGUACAACACGUCAAAGAACUGAAGCGGCAGACUUCGGAAAUCGCCGAGGAGACAAGCCCGCUCCCGACGGAGACAGAUGAGCUGACGGUGGACGCGGCCGACGACGCGGAGGGGCGGUUCGUGGUGCGGGCGUCCUUGUGCUGCGACGACCGCUCCGACCUCCUCCCUGACCUCAUCAAGGCGCUCAAGGCGCUGCGACUGCGGCCGCUCAAGGCCGAGAUCACCACCCUCGGCGGCCGCAUCAAGCACGUUCUCGUCGUCACCGGCGAGGACAGCGAGGACGAGGCCGGCCGGCCGCCGCAUUACUCCGUAGAGGCGAUCCAAGAAGCAUUGAAAGCUGUCAUGGAGCGUACGCAGGUCGACGAGCCCCCGUCGGCGGCUGCGGGCGGGACCAAACGGCAGCGGACGGCGCCUACCAACAUGUCCACCAUACUCGAACACAGGUCGAUUUAACUCGGUUGAGACUAUUAUAAAUUAAAUAACAUGAAAUUGUAUGCACAGCAACGUGUCUGCUAGUUAUAUAAUAUCAAUCAAAUCAGACACAGAUCAUUACAUAUGCAGUUUAAUUUCCACAACGAGCAGACUGGGCAAUUAUUAAUCUCAUGAUUUGCAAUUAAGGUCCUUGAUUUUGAUAUGGUGUAGUCAUAAACUAAGGAAUAAUGGUUAUCAUAUGUUUUCAUAUAUAUACUUAGUUGAUUUUUUUUUUUUCCUUUGCUUUUUGUUCGACUUUGAAU